CUUUAGGCAACACCGGAGGAUCCAACCUAAGAAAGAGGGGUUAGCGAAAGUCUGAUGCAAUGACUAUACUAGUAAGCAAAUAAAAUGAGAAUUUGAACUUAGAGAAGAUGAUUGUCAGUGCUAAAAGGAGCAGGGGACUCUACUACUUUGAGAAAGGCUUGACUUCGGUAAGCAAUCUCUUGUACUAAAUAUCCUUUGCAUGAAUGUAUUAUACUCAAAUUUGUCUUGUUUUUUUUUCUUCAUGUACCUCCAAGUUGUCUACUUUGGAGAAGAAUAAAACUUAAGAGGUCAAUUCGUAUACUUCUUUUUCUAUAUAGGUCAUCAUUGCGAAGUACAAUUCAUAUACUUCUUUUUUUUUAGACGAAGUGGUAAACAUCAAUUAAAACUCACAACACAACUAUAAGGUUUCGGAUUAGAAACCAGAACAAGACAUCCAACCUAACAAUAUCAAUAUUUGCUAGUUGAGCUAAGUCUUACGAACACAAUUCAAAUACUUCAGUCAAAAAGAUUGAAGAAAACUUUUGCAACAUAAUUUGAUAUUGUUAGAAUAUUAGAAAAUAUCUUAUAAUAUCUUUUAUAUUAUAUUAGAGUAUCUUAAAUUAUUUCUUAAGAUCAAUUUAUUAUUAUGAUUUAUUCCUUAUUUAGGAUUGAAUCUAUGUUUCUCUAUAAAUAGAGAUUAGUAUUGAGUCUUUUGUAAUAAAGUUAGCAUAAAGCUAUUAUGAAUAAUAUUCAAACCCUUAUUAUGUUCUCUCCUCCUUUUCUCUAAAAUCCCACAACUUCAACAUGGUAUCUAGAGCCAACUGAGAGACAACCCUAGUCGUCAACUACCCGGUCGACCCACUGUCUCCGGUGAAUAUUUUCUUUGGCAAACCGUGUUCUCAACUCCGGUUUUCCCCCUCUGCUGUUGAUACGAUGAUUCCUCAACUUUUGUUCAGCCGUUCACGCCCUAACGUCGCUGUCGUCACUGUUUCUGACGAGUUUUUUCGACGAACGACCACUCCAGCAGCGUCGUACACCUCAGAUCGGCCAAACCCUUCUCACGUCAUCAGCAACUCCCUCACGCGCCCUCACGCGCCGCCUGUCCUCCCGCGCGUGAGAUCCACGCGCCGCCCACUACCAGCGGGCGUGACGGCGCGUCCGACGGCUGUUCACGGUGCCGCUUCUUCCACCGCACUCGCCUCGGCCCCCUGCUUCCAUAUCUGCCCUCAGUUUUCAGUUUCGAGUUACGGAUAUACGAGUUCCCAGUUCAAACAACCCCUGUUUUCCCGGUUCCGACGCGUUUUCUUACAAUCUGUGUUGACCAUGGCGUCCCAGUCUGAAACAAAGAGCAUCUUCACCAACAGUUUUUCUGCUUCUGAGUUCCCAACAGUUUGAGAAUAUAAUCCUAGUUUCUCUUUUUUAGCAUGAUCAUUCCUUUUUCUGACUGCUAUCACUUCCGCCCACAAUCGUCGCUACUGCCCCGUCUGCUACUGUCGCCGCCGCCGCUGUAUGCUGCUGUUUGUCGUCGCUGCUGGAAAAGUUUUCCGAAACAACCAUUGUCUCCUAUUUUUGAUGCAUUUUCUCACUCCGCUGAUCGAUCAUGGCUUUGUUUCUUAGAGUCGCGAUGUUUCCUCUUUGGUAUGUCAUGCGAUUUAGUUCUUACUAAUAGAUUAUAACAGUGGCUUCUAUUCCCACCGACGAUCAUUCCGAUGGUUUCCCGUUUCCCACAGAUGAAUCAUAUUAGCGAUGACUUCUUUUUCCAUUGAUGGUCAUUCUGACAAUGUCUUUUAUUUUCAUGAUUCACACUUUAGCAUGACAAUUUGUCCCAGAUGCACUGGCCCUAUCUUUGUCUCAAAUGUACUGGUCUUGCCUUUCUCUCCUUGAAGCACGCCUCUCCAAUAUUAUUGGUUUGAAGCUUUCAAAUGCAGUUUUUAGAAGCACGGAUCUUGCUUUGCUCAAUUGCUUGCCAUAAAUUUCUCUCGUGCUGAUCAUCAUUCCGGCUAUCUGGCUAGGCUGUAUUUAUAGCAAUUCUCUUCGACUUCACCUGCAUCCCUGAGUUGUCUUUCCAUCUUUUUUUAUUAUUUUGCGGAGCAAAACAUUGUUUUCUUGUAACAAACUAAAACUUAGUAAGCUUUAACUUGAGGGGGAGUGUUAGAAUAUUAGAAAAUAUCUUUUAAUAUCUUUUAUAUUAUAUUAGAGUAUCUUAA